AUGAAGCCCAGAAGCAGCCGGGGGGAAAGUGAAACCCAACGGGCAUGGACCAGGCAAAGGGCAGAAGCGAUGAGCAAAAGGGCGCCGCUGGAAGUAGGCAACCAGGGAAGGGGAAGCCGAGCAACCGAAGGUCAAGCAGGGACAGAGGAAAAGAGGGGAGGCCGGAAAGGGAGGAUUGGCGAGGAAAAAAAAAAGGAGGAAGCGAGGGGAAACACCGAAAGGCGGGCGGGUCCGCCCGCCGCCGGGGGGGGGGGGAGAGAGAGAGCUCUCGCGGGUCCGCCGCCUCCGGGGUGGGGGGUGAGAGAAGAGCGCGCGCAAACAAAACAACGGAGUGAGAGAGGAAAGAUUCCGUCCCGGCUGGUAUUUGGGGCAACGAGCGUCUACGCCGGGGGGGGGUGCAGCGAAGCAGCAGGGCAGGAGAAAAGCGGGCAGGCGGGGCCGGAAGGGACAAGGCCGGGGAGGAGGCUGCCCGGCCAGGGGAGAAGGCAGCGGCGCCGGGGGCGAAGAGCGGCGGAACGGGGAAGGGGCCGGCCAGGGGUGGAAAUGGCCCACCAGGAGGAGGCGGGGCGGCAGGAGCGAAGAAGCGGAAGCAAGACCAAAGCGCCGGUCGGGAAAGCCGGGAAGGGACCCGGGGGGGGAGAACGAGCAAGCCGGCGGGGGCGGAGCGGAGCCGGAAUCGAGCAGGCAGCGGCGGCCAGCCAAGGGAAAGGGCGGCGGAGCGGCGUGGACCCAGGCGGCCGCAGGCAGACUAGCGGGCAACCAAAACCCGGAGAGACGGCGGGCGGAGCGGGAGCGGGGAACACGGCCGCCAGGCCAGAGACAGGGCAAAGGGAGAGGCGCCAGGCUAACGGAGGGGAAGGGGAGGGCGAGCCCCAGAGCGCGAAAGAAAGGGGGCGCGGCCCAGCGGCGGGACCGGGCACACAUCUGCGAUAG